AGUGGAUCCAACACCGGCGCCGUUCAACUUCAAUCUCCGUUAUAAGAUUUCAAAUCUAAAAAGCUUCACCCUCAACCUCCCACCCACCACCACCAACGGCUCUUUGCAUCUACUUUCUCUCACUUUCUCAGUUCCUCCAAUUUCCCACUCUCUUAGCAUCUUUACUUUCGUAUUCUUGAAGAAGAAUAACCACAAAUCACACAGAUCUGUGCAACCCUCGUUGGCGGUGAAUGACUAAUCUCCCCACUUAGCCAGCUGUGUAUGCUGUAUUUACAUACAGGUGCUUGUGCAAAGAAAAUGGACAGAGUUUAUAGAGAGUUAGAUGAAGCUAAAGUUGAGAAUGAGAAGCUCAAGGCAGAAUAUCGUAUAAAAGCAGAAUUAUCUGAGAGCUUGAAGAAGGCCCACAAUGAGGAACUAGCUAAAAUUCAAAGAUUGAGUUUGAAAAUUGAUAAGCAGGCUGAAGAGCUAAAUGAGAAGGCAGAGGAGAUUUCUUCGUUCAGGCAAAUGUGUGAAGAACUUAAAUGCAAUUUGAAUGAAAAAGAUGGUAUUAUCAGAUCUCUGAGUUCUGCAAAUGAAAAGCUUCGAGUUGACUGUACUCAGAAAUUAAAAAAAUCAGAACAGGAAAACAAAGAGAUGGCAAUGGCUUUAGAUGAGGCAAAUGGCAAAAACAUAGAUCAAGAACAAAAGAUUCGUGCAUUUAAGGAUGAGAUAGAAAGCCUUAAAGAGAUUUUGUCAGUUUCGCAGAGGAAGCGUUCAGAAGCAGAGGAAAAAGCCAGGGUUCCAAAAGAACUAAGACAGAGGGAUGAUAUGUUACUGAAAUUAGAGCGGGAAAGCAGGAAAGUUGAAGAUCAGCUCAAAUGGAAAAAAGAGCAGUUCAAGCACUUAGAAGAUGCUCAUGAAAAGCUUCGAGGGCAGUUCUGCACAAGUAAGAAAGAGUGGGAUCUUGAGAAAUCCUCAUUGCUUGAUGAUUUAUGUUCUCUCCAAACAAGCUUAGAUUCUCAAACCAGAAUUUCAGAAGAUCUCCAGAACCGCCUAAAGAUGUGUAACCAAGCUCUAGCUCAUGAAGAAAGUCGAAGAAAGCAUUUGGAAUUUCAACUUUCAGAAUACAAAAUGCGCUUUGAGAAUGUUUUUUCUGAGUGUCAAGAGGCAAAGUUGAAGAUGGAAGACCUGACUAUUCAGAGAGACAGAGAAAUUGCAGCCUUGAGAACUUCACUGGACACAAAAAGGACUCUUUACAAAGAGAUGGAUUACAAAGCAGGGAAGCUAGAGCAAGAAAAUCAGGAGUUGCGUGUUUCUCUUAAAGAAUUUCAGGAAGCUAAGAUUCACGAAGCAGGAACUUCGUCUUCUCUGGGAAAGUUGAGAGGCAAGCUCAAAAAUUUGGAGCAGAUGCACAGAAGCUGUUCGGCAAAUCUCAGAGCAAAAGAAGAAGAAUGGAGAUCUCAAAUGGAAAGGUUGAUAAUGGACCUGAAUGACUGUAGGUCUGAGCUAGAGGGCAAAGAUAUGGCCAUCAAGGAGCUCAAGUUGGAGUUGGAAGGUUGCCAUUCUUCAAUUAUGCAGUUGAAGUUGCUGAAUGAGGAGAACUCUGUAAUGUUAUUGGUGUUGAAAUCUGCAUUUGCUGAGGCCAAGUCAAUGCUUGAUAAUGAAAAGGCUGAAAUGGAUUUGCACAACAAAGAGAAGCAAGAAAAUAUUUCUCAUCUAAUGAAGGAGUUGGAGAUGAAGAACGCUGCCCUUCUGAGAGCCCAGUUGGCUAUUGAAGAAGAACAUGAGAAAGCAGCAUCAUUAUUGAGGAGGGCUGAUUCGUUGGAUCUUAUUGAGCAGCAACAGUUUGUCAUGCAGAAAGAGCUUGAGAGGCAUAAGGAAAUGCUUGAGGAAUCAUCCAUGUACCAACUUCGCUUAAAAGAUCAAGCCUUGCAGAUGGAGAGUGAUUUUAGAGAGAAGCUAAGAGAAGUUUGUGAUGCCUUAGAUGCAGCAAAUUCUGAAUUAGCUGAAAAGAUCUGUGAUGGAAGUGAAGCUGAAUUUGAGUUGCAGGUAUGGAAAUCUAUUGCAGAACGUUUAAAAGUUGACCUUGAAGGAAACCAUGAAAAGCGUAGAGAAAUUGAACUUUCUCUUCUUGCACAAGUUGAGGUUGAGGAAACUCUCAAGCAAGAGAAAGAUAGUCUUAUCUGUGAGUUAGAAGAAAGGGGAAGAAGAAUAGAUAGUCUUCAGCAACAGAUUGGAUCAUUAGAUCAAGAACUAGAAAAAAUGAGGGCAGAAACUGAGGCUGUUAAGUCCAAGCAAGUGAACGCAGAAGCAAAGGACAAGACCUUGGAGAAACACCAGGAAGAAUUUGAGAGGCUGGAAGAGUUGGUCAGGAUAAAACUUGAAGAUGUGGAGAAGACCUUUCAGUACGAGAAAGGACAUCUUCUCCAACUUGUAGAAGAGAAAGAUCAGAAAAUAGAUAAUCUUCAGCAGCUAGUGCAGUCAUUUGAACGAAAUUCCGACAGUUUGAAUCUCUCUUUUUCUUCACAACUUGCACAGAAGCAGGCAGAGAUUGAUUUGAUUCACAAAGCUUGGCAAAAGAUUGCAACUGAUGAGGUUCUGAAGGCUCAGGAACUUCAAGAGACAAAACUGAUGAUUGUAGAACUUGAGAACAAUAUCAGCGAUUUAUGUCAGAAACUUGAAUUGCAGGAGAAAUCCUUAUCUUGUUCGAAACGGGAAGCACAGGAGAUGAAAGCUGAUUUGGAAGCAAAACAGUUGGAAGUAAAGAUAUUCACAGAUCAGCUCGAGAACAAGCUGAGAGCUACAGAUGCCUCCCUGAACAAACUUGGGGAUGAAAAAGUAAAGUUACUAGACAACAUCACAAAGCUAUCAUCUGAAAGGGAGAGCUUGUUGAGUUUUGUUGGAGACCUGUGGGGCAAGAUUGGCAGGUAUUCUAGUGAAGAUAUGCAACUGAUGAGGAUGUUGGAAAGCAUAGUGCAGACUUUGAGUGGUAAUGAGAUGGAUGUGGACUUGAAUGGGGGGGAUGAACUCUUCUUCAACUCCAUUAAAGAGAAUGUUAGUGCUGACUUUUCUCCAGCAGUGAAGAAAUUUGAAGUCAUUCCCAAUGAAAGAUCACCAUUUAGAGAGCUCAAUGACUAGCUGUAAAAGGAAGUAUAGCCUCUUCUUGCACUGCUUGUAUUUCUUUUUCUGGUUCAGAUUUCAACAAAAAGCAUGCUUGUAUACUAAUCCAUGGAUGUACAAGGUCUCCUCUUGCUAUAGUGGAUGUUCUACCCCUCUUGAAGCUAAUUAAUGUGUUCUUGUGACCGA